AUGAAGAAGGAUAUACAGGACUACAUAUUGAGAACUCCAUGGCUAAGGAAAGCUAUAGAGCUGGACUUGAUAAUGCUCGAAAAUCAGCUCCCUUAUUUUAUUUUCACAGAAUUAUUUGACUUCAUCCUCAAAAAACAGCCAGAAAAUCAAGGGAAUAUGAAUAUCCCUCCUUAUCUAUCAAAACAUUGGAAGGAAAGUGAAUCCCAUGAUUUCUUUAUUAGGAUUACAUGUGAAUUCUUCAUUGAUUAUUACAGGAAUGGAAAAGCUACAAUAAAGAAGCCAGGAGAAGUGGAAUUGCAACAGUUGAACGAAAUCAAACAUUUCACUGAUUUGGUCAGACAGUUCAUGUGUCCAGAUAGUGGGUAUCCUCCAGAUCCACAUGUCAAAAUCAAAUGUCUAUACACUGCAAAACAACUGGAUAGAGCAGGGGUGAACUUUGUGCCGAGUGACGACCAUUCCUUAGCUGACAUACACAGAACAAAGGUUACAUACAACUGUUUCUGUAUAGGUUGGAAGUAUUUGAAACUGAAGGUUCCUAAACUCAAGGUAGAAGACGACACAGAAUGCCUUAUGAGAAACGUUAUGGCUUUGGAGCAGUGUCUUUAUCCAUGUGAGGCUCACAUAUGCAAUUAUAUUUCGCUGCUGGAUCAACUUAUCAACACUGCUGAAGAUGUGGAAUUACUGGUUGAGAAGGAUGUCGUUCAGAACUUUCUAGGCAGCAAUGAUGCAGUUGCCAAUUUGUUUAACAAAAUCUGUGACCAAAUUGCAGAAACAUCUUUCUGCUAUGGAACCCUCUGAGAAGAUCUUAAUAACCACUAUAACAAUCCGUGGAACGUUGCAAAAGCGACCCUUAAAAGCGUCUACUUUAAGGAUAUUUGGACUGGGAGUUCCUCUAUCGUUGCGUUUUUUGUCCUUGUAUUCUCAAUUGUCUCGGUCAUUGCAACCAUCAAGGAUUUGU